AUGUGGAGCCGAAUCAAGUGCAAUGCGACGACCGGCGAAAUCACGACACUAUACUUUGACGAUGGGUCAAUCGGAGCCCUACCUGACAUUGUCACACAAUUCACUGCUCUUACAUACUUGAGCGUCACUCGGUCCAAGGUGCCUACCACCAUUGAUGAGAAGAUAUCAGCCAUCAAGACAAUGACCCAGCUGCGAUACCUGAGCCUCGGGUCCAACUGGUUCUACUCCUCCAUCCCCGAGUGGCUCGUGCAGCUGCCCGAACUCCGCUACCUCCACCUGCCCUACAACUUCCUAACAGGCCCCAUCCCCCCCAUCACAGCCCCCCUCAGCUCAUUCGACGUCACCAACAACCUCCUCUCGGGAACCUUCCCCCCCCGCAAGACGCCCAUCAAGUCGUGCCUCGCGGCGGGAAACUGCAUGGAAGAUGCGUCGGCGUGCACGGUGGGAGCGGGGCAGCAGCGGGCGGACGUGGGGGACGCGUACUGUGGGGCGGUGGUGGGGGAUAUUUGCCGCCCUGCACCAGAGGCGGGGCAGACGUGGAAGGACCAAGUAACACUGCGAUGCUCUUCCACGAGCGUCGUUUCUGCAACAGACUCAAUCGAACCUCCUAUGGAUGAACCUGAAGUGAUGGAGCAGGACAACGGUCCUGUGGACACCUCUGUUGCAGGCCAAUCCGAUGCAGGAAUACCUGAUGGCACUUCAGAUUCUACCCAGGAGAAUACACCCGAAAACACGGAUGGCUCGUCUGCAGUGCAGCCGGUGAAGGGGAAAAGUGUUAAAGGGAAGAGUAAAGGCGGUGCGACAAAGGCAUGCUCCUGCAAGAAGAGUGUGUGCAAGGCGAGUGAGGUCUCUGCGACGGAGAAUAAUGCUUACGACUACACCCGCAGUGGUAACCCUACGAGAGAUGCUCUCGAGAAGCUACUAGCAGAGGUGGAGGGGGCGCAUCGUGCCUUUGCCUUCAGCACCGGGAUGGCGGCUCUUGCUGCAGCCACCAGGCUGGUUAUCACUGGUUCUUCCAUUGUAGCGGGUGACGACAUUUAUGGAGGGACAGAUCGGCUGCUGUCAAGAGUGGUGCCUCGCGCUGGUGUUUCUGUCAGGAGAGUGGACACAACGGACUUGGAAGCAGUGAGGGCGGCAGUGCAGGCCGACACCAAGCUGGUCGUUAUGGAGAGCCCCACCAACCCGCGCAUGAUGAUCAGCGAUAUUAGAGCCAUAUCAGAGAUGGCUCACUCAGUGGGUGCAUUGCUACUGGUUGACAACAGCAUCAUGUCUCCGGUGCUGUCGAAGCCACUGCAGCUGGGAGCAGACAUUGUGAUGCACAGCGGCACCAAGUUCAUCAGCGGUCACAGCGAUGUGAUGGCUGGCAUACUGGCUGUCAAUGACCCCGAGGUUUGGACAGCCACCCGAGAGUGGAAAGAGUGUUCUGUGUCUCUCCCCACUUUCAACGUGCCUACUGGGUUUCACUGUGGAUUCAAGCUCGACCACCUAUCACCACUGUCUCGUAUCUCUACGCAGGCCAACGCACAGAGAAUAGCCGAGUUCCUGGACAGCCACCCGCGAGUGGAAAGAGUGUUCUAUGCCGGUCUGCCCUCCCAUACCAACCGCGACCUGCAUUUCUCCCAGGCCAAGGGUGCAGGGUCAGUGCUCAGUUUCACGACAGGCAACACCAACGCGUCGAAGCACAUUGUUGAGACCAUGAAGCUUGCCAACAUUGCUGUCAGCUUUGGUACGAGGCGCUCAAGCAAGUUACCUACGGGCCUUCGUCGUCGUUUCGGAAAAAAGGACCGGUUUAUAGCAUGCGAACGCGGCUUCACCGUCGAUUUCAACUUCAUCGCUUCAUCGCCGCUCAUGGAGGAUUUUUUAGAAGCGAUCUGGCCGCACCUCUUCCCGUCCUGGUUCGAAGCAUUCACCGCAUUAAUAGCCGCCUCGUUUGUAGCCCUUCUCCUAUAUCUCACCCAGCCCGAAGGCAGCAGGGAGAAUCCCUCCCCAGACGACGCUUCGGCCGCGUCUGCCGGGAAAAGCGGCGUGAAUGGCGCGGAGGAAGAGGAGGAGGGAAACUGGGAGGAGGCGAGCCGACGUAGCAGGGAGCAGCAAGCUCGCGCGUUACUCGAGGCGCCAGAUCCGCUCACCGCCGCGCUCGCAAUCCCGGUGCGCCAGCUGGCAACUGUGGAUUCGAAGAGAAUGGCCGCGAUUCCGGUGACCGCGCAGCCGCUGCUAGGGCUGAGUUCUAAGGAGGUAGUUAAGAAAGGGAUUGGGUCUAGAACGCGGCCGAGGCAGGAUAUAAUGCAGCUAGCCGUCGCCUCGGGGGUGGGGGGAACCGUGGGAGGAGGGAAAGGGGGGGUGGAUGGGCCGGGGCUUGUAGGAGGAAAGGGAGGGAUGGAAGGAGGGGGGAAGAGGGGAGGAGGUGAUCGGAGAGGUGCGAGUGGCCCUUUAGCUGCCUCGACUAGGGCUGCUGCUGGUGCUGUUGCUGCUGCAGCGGGUGGGAACAUCCAGGAUGAAACGCUUAUACCUGUGGCCAUAAUCCCCAGCCAGUCCCUGUCUUGCGCGGAUACCCUCCCCCCUGCGCCAGUCCCCCUUAGCGCAGCAGUCUCCACAGCCCCCGCUUCCGCCACAGCAGGCGCGGAUGGGGAGGGGGAAAGGGGCGCCUUGGGGGAGCAUAUGCGGACAGGAGGGUCCCUGGGUUACCUGUCCCCGCUGAGUAAAGCUGUUUCUGUUACUACUCAUUCUGCUGCUGCUGGUGAUGUAAUUAACGGCCCAGAUUCGACCAGUGGUGGAACUCCUGACAGGGGAGCAGAGAAGGGGAGGCGGCCGGAGGGGAUCCAACGGUCAGCAUCGGACACGGCAGCGAUUUCAGCUGGAUCAACGGCUGGUGGCACUGCGUUUUCUGCUGCAAGAACAGGGGGAGGCGCUGGGGGAAGAGCAGGGGGAGGCGCUGGGGGAGGAGCAGGGGGAGAAGCAGGGGGAGGGGGGAUCGGAGGAGGAGUAGGUGUGAAGGCGGAAGCAGCUGCAGAAAGGGCUGUGUCUCCUGUGGCGCCUCAGCCCAUGAUCUACGAAGUGAAAGUUGACCUGCUAGCGGCCAAGAACCUGCCAGCUGCAAACAUCAGCGGCACGGCGGAUCCCUACGCCAUCGUUUCUUGUGGCACAGAGCGGAGAUUCAGUUCCGUCAUCCCCAGUUCCCGCAACCCCAUGUGGGCAGAGGAGUUUCGCUUCUUCGCUCCUUGCCUGCCCGCCCUGGUAUCAGUGCGCACGUACGAUUGGGACAUCAUAUCCAAGAACGCAGAGCUUGGUGCAGCUUCCCUAUUGGUGGAGGGAGAGGCCCUGCCCUUUACUGCUUGGUACCCCCUUGACAAGGGCCUGGGGCAGGUAUGCUUGCAGCUGCAGGUGACAGCAGUACCAAGAAAUAAAGCUGACAGCAUGGCAGCAAAGGGAUCCGCCAUAAGUUCGUCUCGCCUGCGCCGCCUCUCUCAGCACCCCACAGGCACCGGUGCGGGUCGAGAAGCAAGAGGGAGGGGAGAGGGAAGAGGCAGUUGGAACACACUCACUUUUGUUUCCCACCUUCGCCCCGUUCGCAUCUCCCCAUGCAGCAGCGCAGCAAAGGGAGCUGCCAUAAGUUCGUCUCGCCUGCGCCGCCUCUCUCAGCACCCCACAGGCGCUGGUGCGGGCGACAAGCAAGAGGGGGAGGCUUUUGAAGGGGAGCGGCCUGAGCAGCAGCAGCAAGAGCAGGAGGCGGGGAGGGGAACGGAAGUGCGGCUUAAGCCAGGGCCACUGCAGACCAUUUUCGGCCUGCCUCCAGAUGAGGUCAUCCGGCACUCCUUCUCGUGUGCAUUGGAGCGCUCCUUUCUGUAUCACGGCCGCAUGUUCCUCUCAGGGGCGCACCUCUGCUUCCAUUCCAACGUCUUUUCCAAGGAGCUCUCUGUGUGCAUUCCUUACCAAGACAUUGAGGAGGUUCGGCGCAGCACGCAUGCACUGAUCAACCCAGCCAUGACAGUGGUUUUGCAUCUGGGCACAGGGGGGCAUGGGGUGCCGCCAUUGCCGAGUCCUGAUGGGCGAGUGAAGUACAAGUUUGCGUCGUUCUGGAACCGGGGCCAUGCCAUGCGCCUGCUGCAGGAGGCGAUUGCCGAGUUCUGGAAGACAGAAGAGGCUGCUGCUCUGGAGGAGGAGCACGAUCGGUUACGGGCGAUAAGCAUGAGGGACGGGGCAAUGGAUAGUCUGUCAUCGAGAGGAGCAGCAUCGGAGGCUGCCGAGGAGGAGAAGGAGAAGCAGUCCUUCCUUGACCUCCCCGUGCUGGAGCCCCUGCUGCAGGUGAGAGCAGCAUGA